AACGCAAUAAACAUAAUCAACUGUAAAAUGUCUUCUGUCUUUGUUACUACUGCUUCAUCGCAUAAUUUAGAGACACCCAUAAAGGAAGAACAGCAACUGACGGAAAGUAUGCGAAAUUGCUCUAUUUCUUCAGCUGGUACAGUAAUCGAUAUUGACGGACGAUUGGCCUCCGCUGACAUUUUGGUCGCCCUUCUUGAUAGACCAGCAGAAAUGAAAGAUCUUGUCUUGCGUAAUAAGUCGUUUUAUGAAACGCUGGAAAACUAUAUCACGGAAACUCAAGGAUCAGAAGCCUGGCAGCACUUUCAGGAUAUCCUAUAUAAACCUCGGGAAAGGUUGCCUGACCGUAUUUGGAUGAACCAAAUUAGCCACUAUUUAGCCCAAAACCCUGUCUUUCUAAAUACGUUUAAAGAGAGUGUAGGGUAUGACGAUGAUGAUGAUGACACUGCGGUAUCAACACCACCUUCCAAACAAGCAUAUCCUCUGCCGCCUCGAAAAUUGAGCGCCUCGCGUAGUUCAGGCUCCGUAAGCACAGUCAGUAGUCUUAAUAAUAAUGGCACUAGACGAAGAGGUAGUCGUCGUCUGUCAAGCAUGAGCAGUAUACGUGAUUCUCAUAACGAUGAAGAUUACUUUCAUUUUGAAGAGAUACAUAAUGAUCAUGAAGGCAUGUUUCUAAGUGAAGAUCAAUUUUAUCAUGACAACCAUGCACACCAUCAUGAACCAAUGGACCUUUAUAAAAGACGUCGCUCGUCGUGCCAUUCAAUCCAAGCGGAGCCUCAUCCAACUUUUGUCGACUUUAAAAUUGAUGAAGUAGAUGAAGUAAACGUAGACGUUAACACUAACGAUGACAGGGAUGCUGAAAGUGACCACUUGGCUGAUCUUUUAGAGCAAAAUACGGAUUCUGAUGACUCAGAUGAUUACAAUAAUACAACCUAUAAUGAAGUACAGCAAACGAGCGAGAGAAAAACUAAAAAUGCUGCUGCAAAAGGUAACAGGCAUAAAUCUGCCGAUUCUAUGGAUGUAAUGGAUCUCUUGAGGCUAAGAGACUACCCUGAGUUUCAGUUCUCAUUGCCUCAAACACAUGCAUCCUUCUUUGCAAAAGCUAAACGGUUAAUGUCGAUUGCACCCUCUUCACGCCGACUCUCUGCUGCUAUUCGCCGCAACUCCAUUUUAGAAGAUUCUAUGCCUUCCAGCCCCGUUACUGAAUUGGAUGAGCCACAUAUUCAGAUCUGUUUAGCUGACGAUGAAUACGGAGGAGAUAAUGAUAGUUUGGAACGUCUUAUUUGCUGUACUCGUAGACAACAGCCAGAUGAUAUUGCCUGGUUAAAUAGUAUCAUGGAGAAAUUGGCUGGAUGGCCCGAACUUGUUGAUAGUUUACUAGAAAUAGUUCAAGAGCCUUUCUAGGAUUGAGGUUAUUCACAUUUGUAGUUUAAAUGUUUGGAGUAUUUAGCUAUUCCCUAUCGAACAUUGUCAUCUAUUCCAUUUUAUUCCAUUUAAUGAAUUUUCAAUAAAGUCACACUAUUUAUUUCGGCC